AAAUACCGUUCGCUAUUUAUAGUUCACCACCUACUCUUAUCCAACCAUCCUUACAAUUACAAACACACCUUUUUCCUGAUUUCUGAUUUCUGAUUUCUGAUUUCUCAUUUUCUAAAUACCUGAAAACUCAGCAAAGAAAAAUGGCGAAAGAGGUUAAAGUUCUGGGAGCAUGGCCAAGCCCAUUUGUGAUGAGACCAAGAAUCGCACUCUCCUUAAAAUCAGUAGAUCAUGAAUUUAUUGAAGAAACUAUGCAACCUAAAAGUGAGCUUUUGUUAAAAUCAAAUCCUGUUUAUAAGAAAAUCCCAGUUCUUAUUCACAAUGAUAAGCCUGUUUGUGAGUCACUCAUCAUUGUUCAGUACAUUGAUGAAGCCUUUUCAUCUGGCCCCUCUAUUCUUCCUUCUGAUCCUUAUGAUCGUGCCAUCCAACGAUUUUGGGCUGCUUACAUUGAUGAAAAGUGGUUCCCAAGUCUGCAAGGUGUAGGUAAAGCACAAACAGAAGAAGCAAAAGCAGCAGCAUUGGAGCAACUGAAAGAAACUACAUCAUUGCUUGAAGAUGCCUUUGAGAAAUGCAGCAAAGGGAAGCCCUUUUUUAGCGGUGACAACAUUGGGUACCUCGACAUAGCCUUAGGGAGUUACUUGGGGUGGGUGCGCGUCACCGAAAAGAUGAACAACACUGUGUUGCUCAGCCAGGAGAAGACACCUAAUCUGCUUGCAUGGGCGGAGAGGUUUUGUGCUGAUGAUGCUGUCAAGGAUUAUAUGCCUGAGACUGAAAAGCUUAUGGAGUUUGCCAAGAUUAUCAUGGCUAGGUACAAAGCAGCAGCAGCUUCUAGUUAAACUUAAAUGAUAUGGUUGUUAUGACUGAAAUAAAGGGAUGUUGUAAGAAGUAAUGUAUGUUAGAUUCUCCAUUUGGUUAGUUAUAUAUGUGUUUGGUGAAUGUACCUUGAACGAUCUUUGUUUGAAUUUCAAGUUUGCCAAGAUAGUAUGUUAGUCCAGUAUAUGAUGAGGAUUGUGUUGAUUAUAAACUUCUCUUAUGGAAUAUUUUCGUUAAA